UAGUCUGUGAUGAUCUCUUUGUGUCUGCUUUAUUGAUCUCUUUAAAGAUUUUUGGGUUUAUUUUCUUUUAACUUGAUUCAUCUUUGUUGUUUAGUUAUGGGGUUUUUGAGUUUCUUUUUUCCUUUUUUUUUGUAUUUUCAAUGAUUUGAGGAUGGGCAAGAUCUUGUAUUUAUUUUUGCUAAUGCUAAAAUUCGAGUUUCAGAUUAGUUUACGAAGAUAUAAACAAACUGAAUUAAAUUCUAGAUUUGUUUUACUUUUAGAUUUUAUUUAUCUUUGUUAGAUUUUGCCUUUUGAAGUUAAAAUUGAGCUUUAAAUUUGCUAAAUGUUAAUGAUUUUUAACUGUGAUUGCAUGAAUCAACUAAAAUAGAUUCUGGGUUUAUUUUAAAAUUUAAUAAAUAACUUAGUUUCUAGAUUUUUUAUAUGGUUUUUUUAGUAAAAUUCUGUGAUAAUUGUUUGAUUUCUUGUUUAAUUUUGUAGGAAAAAGAGUUUGAAUAAUUGAAACAUAAUGCAAACUCUGCAUCUUAAAGAAUAUGGUGGGAUUGGGAAUCAUCCAAUGGGACAACUGGCCUCAAUUCCACCAUCAUCGUUGCCAACACUGCCAUGGUGUAGUGUUUUAGGAUCUCAUCAAUCUCUUCAUGGAGGGGAGGCUUUUGGUGCUCAAUUGAAGCCCUUUUUAAUGGAACAUCCCUCUAAUGGUGACCAAGUUCUUUCAUCCAAACAACUGAAUAAAGGGAAUACUGCUCAAUUCACUAUUUUCCCAGGUGAUUGCAAAAAUUCAGGGGAUGAGCAUAAUAAACCUCAGGCAGUCACCUCUCUGCAAUCAGAUCCUGCAGAAAAUGGUGCUCGCUUUGAACUGGGAUUUGGUCAGCACAUGGCAUCUGCAAAAUAUCCUUACAUGGAUCAAUUAUAUGGAGUUUUCUCAACUUAUGGAGCUCAAAUUUCGGGUCGUGUAAUGCUGCCAUUGAACAUGGCAUCCGAAGAGGGACCAAUAUAUGUAAAUGCUAAGCAAUACAAGGGAAUCAUGAGGCGUCGGCAAUCUCGUGCAAAGGCUGUGCUUCAGAAUAAAUUGUCUAAAGCUCGAAAGCCAUAUAUGCACUACUCUCGCCACCUACACGCAAUGCGCCGACCAAGGGGAUGCGGUGGCCGGUUCCUGAAUACCCGAGGCUCAGGCUCCGACAAAGACGACACUGCAACAAAGAAAGCCACUCAAGGACUGAUUUCGAACCGUUCCUGUUCAUCCGAUAGUGGAACCUUGAACUCAUCCAAGGGACCAACACAUUCAGGGUGCUCAGAGGUCACCAGUAUUUACUCAAGGAGAGACCUUGAUCACCACUUCCUAAUCGAUCAUCUUGGAUUAUCGGUCCACUCUAUCUCAUCGAUGAUCAAUAAUCAACGUGGAGGCACGAUUACAGUUGCAACGGCAGACAACUGUUGCAACCUAAAAGUUUGAUAUCAAUGGAGGGGAAAAUUGUGGGAUUUGGUGCUACCUUUUUGCACCAAAAAAACACCGCUUUUCCCCUUUAGCAAUCAAUGGAAGUAACUUGGUUUUGCAAUUAACUGUUACAGGGUCUUUUGCAAUACAGGUUUUGGUUGCUAGGCAAAUCAUUCUUGGCUCAACUUAAGUAAGCUCUUCUUUACCAAUGGUUGAAGAUGCUGAAACUUCAAAAUAUAUAUAUGGAUCAGACUAUAAAAUGGGGUGUUUCCAUUUGAUCCAAUGAUAAGCUUUGAAAGUUUGGUUAUGGUGUUUGUAAUCUUAAAUUUGCAGAAUUUGUGGUGGAUGAUUAUGAAUCAUGUUAUCUACCAUGUGUAUGGUGUGGUGCUGUUGUGAAAAUAAUGUACUGUAAACUUUAAUAUAAUGUGUGUUUCAUGUUUGGAUUA